AUACAAAAGGGGGGACCGGCAGAAAAAGUUUGGGAACCAGCGUGUUAUUCAAUAUCAUAGCCGGAACCAUCAAUUGUUGUUCGCUCGACAUCGGGAGGAAUUAGAGGUUGCGCUGUACACAUACAUGGAAACGGAUACGAGCUCAUUUGCAGAAUGUCAUCGUUGAUUUCACAUGGAUUUCAGAGCAGUAAACAGGACUUCAACUUUGGACCGUGGACAGUCACAGCUGUGAAGACUCAUAUCAUGAAGUCUAAAGAUAUUGAGAGGUUGGCAGAGACGAUGCAUAUGCCGGCUCUGCCAGAGAUGCUGUUUGGUGAUAAUGUGUUGCGCAUUCAGCACACUGAUGGUUUUGGGAUUGAAUUCAAUGCGAUCGAUGCUCUCAAACGUGUCAACAACAUGCAAGACUCUGUGAAAGUGGCUUGUGCCCAAGAGUGGCAGGAAAGCAGGGCCGACUCGGAGCAUUCGAAAGACGUGGUGAAACGCUACGAUUGGACUUACACAACCGAUUACAGAGGGACUUUACUUGGAGAGCACAUGCAGAUCAAGGUGAUGCCGACCACCGAACGGAUAGACAUGGAGAGGCUGAAAGCGCGAGAGCAAAUCAAGUUUUUCGAGGACGUGCUGCUGUUCGAGGAUGAGCUGCAUGAUCACGGCGUGUCUAUGAUCAAUGUGAAGAUUAGAGUGAUGCCCACCAGUUUCUUUCUUCUGCUGCGGUUCUUCUUGCGAGUGGACGGAGUCAUGAUCAGAAUAAAUGACACGCGUCUUUAUCACGAGGCUGGAAAAAACCACAUGCUUCGAGAAUUCAGCACACGUGAAAGUAAAAUAUCAGAUCUCCAGCAUGUUCCCCCAGCGAUUUACACAGACCCCAAUGAGAUCGCACAGCAUUUACCACUGAAACUCACCGAGUGUGAGAAACUGGAGUUUCCAGACAGAGCGACGCAAGCGGAAUCCUCACCAUCUCCACAGUGACGGGAGAAAAAUCAGAGCAAAGUGUUCGUAAAGACUCGUUAACCCGGAGCUGACGGACGUCGAUUAUGAUCACAUCUGAUACUGUUGUGUAAAGUCUUAUUGUGUAACUUUCGUCAAGGUGCAGAAUGUCUGCUUUGUAUUGUAAUGUUUGUUUGAUCUGGGUGUGGUGUCAUUGGAGAAGAUUUUAUUAAAAUACUUUAAAUGAU